AUGCAGAUUAUUGGAGACAAGCUUACAGGAGGUCUACAGAAUGGUGCACGUGGAGCCGUCGGCCGGGGAGCCUUUGAAGAUGGAUCAAGACCUAGGAACAAUAAUCUCACAGAUGAUAGAGGAGAUGUUAGAGGAGGUGAUAAUCCUAGUGGCAUUUCGAAUCUUAGCAUCACUACCUGUAACCUUUUUAGACCACAUGUGCAACUGAAGAUUCAGUUUCGGCAGACGCAGUUUUUUGCUGAAUCUCAGUGGAUUGUGGCUACAAGGCGGUCCGAAAGGCGCUUCCGCCGAACAGACUUAGCCAACAACACGUGCCUUUGGGAGCCGAAGCUCCUACUGAGGGUCGGCAAUCGGGCGGCGGGCGCAUGCAUCACUUCUAGCCCAGAUUCUGACUUAAAGGAUUGUGACUUAGAGACGUUCAAUCAUAAUUCAGCGCACGGUAGCUUUGCGUCACUGGCUUUUCAACCAAGCAUGAUACCAAUUGUGCGAAUUAACGGUUCCUCUCGUACUAGGUUGAAUUACUAUCGCGAUGCGGGCAUCACUAGGGUAAAACUAACCUGUCGUAGGUACGGCGAGGCACCAACACCUCCGGAGCAUAUGAAAAAGCUUGUUGACAUGCAGGUUCGAAAUAGACUAACGUCUAUUAGACACCUUGGCGAUGGUGCGAUACGAAGAGGGCAUGCAGAUGUGGUUUGCCAAUACAUAAAACUCUGUUUUCCUUCUUGUAACUUUUUGCUUUCAGAAACUCAGAAACAAAGUGGUUCUCAUGUAUAA